AUGCAAGGGAACAAGCAAUUCGAGUGGACGGAGGAAUGUGAAAAAGCUUUCCAAGAACUAAAAGCACAACUUGCAAAACCUUCUGUACUCUCAAAGCCUCUAGACGGAGAAGAACUUGGAAUAUACUUAGCUGUCACGGAGCAUGCUUUCGACAGCCAAUCCUUCACUGACUUUUGUGUGAACCAUGGUAUCAUCAAAAGUUUCUCCCCAGUGGAACAUCCUCAAGCGAAUGGUCAAGUUGAAGCAGUCAACAAGACCUUGAAGGACACACUAAAGAAAAGACUAGAAGAUGCCAAAGGAAACUGGCCGGAGAAACUUCCUAAAGUACUAUGGUCAUAUCGAACAACUGAGAAAACGGCAACCGGAGAGACUCCAUUUGCUAUGGCAUAUGGAUACGAAGCUAUGCUGCCUGUAGAACUCAAGCCACCAUUCCACAGGAGAUCGACGUACAAUCAAGAUACCAAUCACGUACUCCAGGCCGAAUCACUUGAUAAAAAAUCGAAGAGAAGCGAACCACAGCAAACUUAA